UUAACCACAGGGGGGAAAAGUCGGAAUUUAGAAGAUUGGCAAUCGACGGUACCGGCAAAUACCGCACCGAGAAGCCUUACCACAGGAACAAACACCACUACCGGGUCCCCACUGCUUCACGUGGCAAAGGAUUCUACAGUGUUGGGUCUUCCUAGGAUAUCCUUCAAGUCGGAAUUUUUGUGCUUCUACUACUCGUAUGCUAUUGGUAGCUACGAAUCCAUCCAGAUGAGACUAGUGUGGAGGCCACACAGAAAGAAAGUUACUCCUGGUGCGCUUUUCAUGGCUUGAAACAUGCAUUGGCAGAAUGCGAGAACAUCCUGCGGCUUCCGCACAUCGCAAUCCAACUAUAUCACUCUUUUCAAUAGUCAAGAGUUUUCAAUGUCAAGUAUGGAAGGUGCAUGUCAAAUUCAGUCUUAGUGUCAGCAAUGGUACGGGGAUAGGCUUAAUGAACCUUUCAAUAGAGAAAAAUAACGAUCGUCGACAAAGUGAAAGGCGGGACAGGGUUCUAGGAGAUGUGCCCAGCCACACCAACAAGGUAAUAGUACUAAGACGAUGGCAGUUCGAUAGUCACGAUCGAGACUCCGUCAUUCAAGGUCUAUUUUCGACAAGAGUCUCACAGCUCUCGAGUCUAGUGGCCGCAGCCAGGGGUGUCGAGUUGAGAAAAUACGAGCGCGGCCACUCGCUUUCGCGACGAAUGAGAAACCAUGUCGAUUCCUUCAGCCAAGUCGAGACAUAAGUAAUAAAAACUGCAUUAUUAUAAUUGGCUGUCAGGGUUGAUGAAGCCGAGAAGUCCUAGGGUACCGUUGCCAAUAUUCGCUCGCGUACUAAGAAUAUGCCUUCUCCGCUUAUCAUGUAUGGUAGCGGUGCAACUGCAUACAUGAUACAUAGUAGAUUUCAUGCGCCGCUACU